CGUCAACGUUGUGUUUCCCCAGAUUUCCAAUCUAGAAUUUAUUGCGGAGCAGUGCCGAAAAUGGGCCCGACGUGAAGACGCAUGCAGAGCUUUCCGAUGCCCAACCAGCAAGAGGAAAACAAGCAGCGAGAUGGUGUCGAGACAGUAUGGGAGCGGAUGGAUGAAUGGACUUUCGUUUGGGCGGCCUGCCGUCGCUUGGUCGGUACCCCAACCGAGGGCCGCUCUUCCAUAGCAUUAACAGUCGGUCAACCCCAGCCUUUUCCCCUGCUUGGGUUUUUUUCCUUUUCCCCUGUCUUGGAUUUCUGGGACCCUGGCAUCGUUUGGUGUCAUCGCCCCGUCUCUUGCCAGCGCUGUGUCGAGGUGAUGCUUCUGCUGCAAGGCUUUAGCUUCGCCUGGCACACGACGUCGCCAUAAAGGAUUAUCAUCUCCGUUCAUCUCAACUGCGACCAUCGUCAUGUCAUCGUCGGACGACGACGCAGAGGUCACCAUCACAGGGCAUAAGAUCGACCCCAUCCGCGCCGCAGAGAGUAACUCGAACGUAUUCAUCGCUGUCGUCUGCGUCGUUUGGAGUCUCGCGUUCUGCACGGCACUCGUCCGGUUCUACACAAGGGCGAUCGUGGUGAGGUCGUUUGGGAAGGAUGAUAUCUUCAUGGUGUUGGCCGUGCUCUGCGGCAUAGGAGGUCUCGCCGCCUGGAUAGUAGGCUGCCACAAUGGCUACGGCCAACACACCGACACCAUCCCACGAGACAGGUGGAAGAUCCUUCUCGAAGCUCAGUUCUUCCAAUCCGUCAUUGAAGCCUCCUUCGCUUUUGGCUUCCUCAAAAUCUCAAUCGCCCUCUCGCUGUUACGCCUCAGCAGGGGAAAGUGGUACAAAUGGAUACUCUGGGGCCUGAUCACGUUCACCGUCUUCUACACAUUGUUCGCCUUCAUCACCUUCAUGACGAGAUGUCAACCGGUUUCAGGGCAGUGGAAUCCGGACAUCAAGCCAAAGUGUUAUGGAAAGGUCAUGUAUAGGAAUUUCGGACUGUUCAACACGGCAUGCAACAUCUUUACCGACCUGUCAUUUGCCACGCUGCCGAUUCCACUCAUUUGGAGCCUGCAGCUGCAGAGGAGGCUUCGGAUUUAUUUGAUUGCUAUUCUGAGUGGCGGCUACUUUCUUCAACUAGACAUAGGCAUCAUCGCCGCCUGCGCCCCCACCCUUCGCCCCCUCCUCGGCCGCUUCCUCCGCCUCUCCCCCAUCGCCUACCGCGAAGCAAACUACUACCGCGCCGGCAAGGCUCUCGACCGAUUACCCCUCCACUCGCGCCACCCGGGACGAGACACGAGCAUCAACGGCAUUCGAGCCGCCUACCUCCGACAAAACACCGAUCUUGACCUCGAAGAACGACAGUUUAUUGAGCUCUUAACAGGGGAGAAGAGAGGGAAGUGGGGAAAUCAUGCCACAGCGUUGCACAUGGAGUACGUCCGCUCACCCGCGGUCAGAAGCACCAAGAUUACGAGUGGGGGGGAGACAGAGACGAUUGUUCAGGGCGGGGUUGGGGUGGCGGAUAAGGGACAGGGGAGUGAUGACGAGAGGGAUUUGAUAUUGCCUGCAGGUUUGAGAGGCGAGGAGGGGGGGUUGAGGGGGAUUGUGAAGACGACUGAGUUUAGGGUUGAGAAGUGA